CGGAUAUAUCUGCAUCUUGACAUGAAUGUUCAUUUCUUGGAUCAGAGAUUGGGCUCUUUCAGACACAAAAUGAAGCUGUUAUCUUGAAGAAUACUGUCUUACAGCAACCGCACGAUGCUUCAAUCAACUGCUGCACUGGCAAUCCUAAUGCUUGCUGUCUCCUCUAUCUUGUCGGCGUUGUGGACUGCGUGGCAGAGGCUCUACCGUCAUCCAUUAUCCAAGGUUCCCGGACCGAAGCUAGCAGCGCUGACCUGGUGGUAUAUAACAUUCUUCGAUGUAUGCAAAGACGGCGGGCUUCUUGAACAGCUCGAAAUUCUGCAUCGGAUCUACGGUCCCGUUGUUAGAAUCGGCCCAGAAGAACUCCACUUUAGUCGUAUUUCUGACUACAACGAAAUUUACGUUCAAAAUAUUAGAUUUCCAAAGGAUCCUAGGUUUUACAAUGCCUUACACGAAGACGAGUCUUCAUUUGGAUUUUGCGAUCUCAAAGAGGCGAAAAUUCGGAAGGACGUCCUCAGUCCAAUGUUCUCUCGCAAGUCCAUCCUCAAGCUGGAGAAUGUCGUACAGGAGACGGUAGAUACUCUUAUCAAACAGAUUCUUUCCUACAAAAAUCAGCCAGUCGAUAUGCAACGAGCGAUACGGUCCGCAUCCCUAGAGAUUAUUGUUUCAUACUGCUUCGCUCGACAUUAUGACACUCUCAAUGUCCCCGACUUCAAGCACCCCAUCUUACUUGCCUUUGAGAAGUCCUUUCCUUUCUGUCUCACCUUGAAACAUUUUCCGUACCUUUUCGAUAUUCUCACCUUUGUCGACCGAUUAGUUACUUGGUUUAGUCCGCCCGUAGCAGGGGAUGCAUUCGCUGCGAUGAAUCGCCAGAUCGACGAGCUUCUUGCAAAUCCUCUUCUCAUGGAGAACGACGAGCAUGAAACGAUUUAUAGUCAUCUAAUGACGCCGCACCCGGUAAAAGGACAACACACUACACUGUCACGCAAGUCUCUAAUUGAGGAAGCUAUCAAUCUCCUCGCUGCUGGGAGUUUCACUGUAGGGAACACAGCCAUGGUGGGGACAUUCUAUGUCCUGAACGAUCCUGUGGUAUACAGGAAAUUGGUUCAGGAGCUGAGGGAUGCGUGGUCUAAUAAAGAUGAACGUCUCUCUCUAGCGCAGCUGGAGAAGCUACCUUACCUGACCGCCGUGAUCAAGGAAUCCCUGCGCCUGUCGCACGGAGUUGUACUCCCCUUGCCGAGGAUUGUUGGACCUGUGGAUACGGAGAUCGGAGGCAUCAAUGUCCCUGCCGGGACUGUCGUGUCGAUGGGUGUCACCUUCGUUCACUACAAUCCGGACAUUUUCCCCGAGCCCUUCAAGUUCCAGCCUCAGCGAUGGAUCGGUCCUGAUGUACGCGGACUGGACAAUUUCUUACUGUCGUUUGGUAAAGGUCCGAGAAGCUGUCUUGGUGUCAACCUCGCCUGGUGCGAGUUGUAUAUAAUGUUUGGAAAUAUUUUUAGGCAUAUCGACAUGCAAUUGGAUGAUAUGAAAGCAGAAGACCUUGCGUUCAGGUGCCACCUGACACCAACAUACCGAGGCAAGCGCUUGAGCGUACGAGCAAAGCCUACGGCAACAUGAAAUCUUUCUGUCUCAGCAACGCUCACGUAGCCUCUGUUUUAUACUCGAAUUCGAGGGAUUUUGGCAUGACCGCCCUGAAAUACGAUGAUUCGCUCUUGCUUUGUAUAGCAGACCUUUAUUGUGUUUGCGUCAAUUGUUUGAGCGAAUAUAGUGCACUGGAAGAGGGCGAAAGUAUAUUUCUGUGCGUUUAAAUCCUUCAAGU